AUGAUAAUAUAUUUAAAAUUUCCAUACCAGAAGGGAAAAAUCUGCUGAGGAUUCUUAAACUUCAGAAACAGCGUAUAGAUGAUGAUUUGAAGGCAUUCUCUCAUUUGUCAUCAGACAGUUACAAAGUUAAGCAGGAUUAUCCGGCCCUGUGUAUAAAACAGCGACAGUUAUCGUGUUUACAUGCAUAUAAAGCACCAGCCAAAACAAGCACAUCCAGUUCUUCCAAUCAAAUCUCUGACUUUGUGUAUAAAAGCCCACUUCUCCAUUUUAAAUCAUACAGGUUUAGCCCAUAUUUCCGGACUAAAGCAUGUAAGAAUUUGACUUCACGUUGUGUGGCUAAUAAACUUUUACCUAAAAUUGUACUGUGUAGAUUUGAUCUUCAAGGAACGUGCAAUGAUGAAAAAUGUAAAGGACAGCAUCAGAAACAGUAUUUACCAUUGGACAGAGAGAUCCUGCUGGACAUUGUGGCAUAUUGUCCCACUAUAGCAGGUGUACAGAAAGAUACGCCUCCUAAAAAAAUCUCGAAGGUCAUGGGGGAUUUUGUAGAUGAUAUGUUGAAACAGAAGAAAGGAAGAUUUACUGUAGACCAAAUGUGCCUGAUACUAGUGGAUAAAAUAAAUGCCCAUGUCAAACAUUUCGCACCACACACCAUGUUGUACACACCAAGAUUGUUCCGCCCUAGACAGGAUGAGAAAUCUUAUAUUAAAGAUGAAAGUCCAACAUUUAAACACACCAAAGAUGAUGAAGCAUUCCAGUUUCUUGCACCGGUCCAGUCCCGACCGGAAGAUACAGUGAUACAGAGUGAAGAUCGAAGGUACUUCUUCAGCGAGGAUGGUGGGUCAGAAGUUCAAGACCUGGAGUCUGCAGUGCUGGCCACCCCGACAGAUACACAGCUUUGGCUGAAACUUGCUCACAAUAAACUACAUAGCUCUCAGCUAUCAUCAGAGUCGUGUUUAGAGGAAGCUCUGAAUGUUUUAGCUAGAGGACUAGAAUCAAACAAAGACAGUUCAGUAUUAUGGUUAGAGUAUUUAACGUUGUAUGCACGGCACAAAGAAGCCUCAGACUUCUCCGAUCUCUGUCAGAUGGCACUACAGUAUGCCCCCAGCUUUGAGAUAUGGUGGAAGUAUCUACACAGUCUGGUAUCAUACACAGACCGUAAUGAAGUUUGCGGUGAAAUCAUAGAAUACCUGUGUUCUAUACAAGCCAAAGAUGAUAUCAGUCCUACCAUAUCACAUCAUUUGCUGGAGGUGAUGUUGUACAGAACUCAUCUAUCUAUCAUGGCAGGAAAACUACAGUAUUCCAAAAAUAUAUUACAGGGGUAUUUUGUGAAGAGUGAGGGUAAAGCUUCUUGUCAAUCAAAUCUUACAGUGCUGGAUCGCUGUAUACUUUGGUUGUGUUAUAUACAUGUGUUGUCAUGGCAACAUUUACCUGAUGCAUUGUGGGAUAGUAAUUUAUCUGGGAAAAUAAUUAACAAGAAUGAUCUGGUGCUACUAUGGAAGCGGCCACCUAGUGGUGGUUUUACUAGGGACCAGCAGAUGGCGCUUCUACAAGAAGCUGUUAGUGUGUGUAUAACAAAUGAGGAAUCAAAACGUCCAACCUCGCUCAAGGAAGGCCUUAUAUUGUAUAAAAAUAUCAUACUGCUCCUGCAGUGCCAAAAUCGAUUGGAGGAGAUAUUGUCUGUAUGUAGAGAUUUGUUACAGAAGGAUCAAUCUCUGAUAGAUAUCUGGCUUAUUGUAGCUAAUCUAUAUGCUGAGAAUGGUGAUAUAGAUGCCACUAUUCAGGUGUUCAAUGAUGCCUUAGAAGUGAAUCCAUUGUCUGCCAGAGUGUUCAACAUAGCCGCUCAGUUUGGAAUGUCUCAUAAUGCUGAAUUUACAACAAAAUGUCUGGAGAAUUGCCCACUGGGAUAUUUUAUACUUGGUGACAAUACUUUACCAGAUCCUCUCUCACUGUACUGUGUGUUAUUGAAUCAGACGUUACCUCUGGGUUACACUCCUCCGCCAAUGAAGGAAGAAGUCUCGAAGGAUCUCAUCUCUCAACAGCAAACAGAUAUCUGGCUUAACUAUUGUUUGUUUCUUGAACAGAGAAAGAAUUACGCCACUGUGAUAGAAAUGUAUGAGACUGCAUUAGGAUCUGUGAUAAAUGCUAGAGAUACUGGUAAAAUAUGGUUAGGAUACCUUGGUUUCCAGUACAGGCAGUUACAAAACUGUGUGAAAGACAUUACGCAACAAGCAACAGAACAGAGGCGGCUUAAUUAUUUGUUUCAUCGAUGUAUUGUCACCAUGCCGAAAAAACUGCCACUUGAGCACUGGAACAUGGAACAUGUUUUAGACUAUGGGCCAGUUAAUAAAGUGAUAGAAGGUUAUUUGUGUUACAUGUUACCAGAGCAACAGACCUUGACCUUGGAACGUAUUGUGAACAUUAUGCCAAACAACGUCAAGCUGGUGUUAAGGUUGUGUGAAGAGUACCUGAGACAAGGCAGUGACCAGCAAGCCCUCAGUCUGUGUUACCCUCUCUUGUGUGACGGAACCCACAAUGCUCACAUCUGGAAACUUGCAACAACUUUAGCGAUUAAACAGAGGUCACAUACCCAGAUAGAGAAAUUAUUUCGUAGAGGAGUACAGGCAGUGCCAUACAGCGUGAAUCUCUGGAAAAAUUUUCUGAUGUACGAGAUGACGCAAGGCAACCAAGGAAGGGAGACAAUUCAGGCGAUAUUACGGCAUUGUAACCUCCUCGGUUUGAAUAUGGAAGAGUUACUCCAAGUUGUCAAGUCUUGAAAAUGAUAAAGGCUUGCGGAUAAUUAGAUUAUUUUUUUUUGCAAAGCUAUCAAAAUUUUUAUCCAUUUUCCAAGAUAUGGAAAAGGCUAAAGUUUUGAUAGCUUUUUCUACAUUUUUAGUUCACGUAGAGGUGAAUAGUGGGAUUCAAGAUGGUUGAAAAGCACUCAAACUUAAGAAAUGUAACAUACACUCGGGAAGCACAUACAUGACAAGAAUCAUGGACAUCUUUGUUUUCCGUGUAGGUAAAUGGUAAGUAUGCAAGAUCAGUUCAGUAAAAAAUGAGUUAUAAACUCAUUUUGAAAAAAAAAAUGAAAAAAAGGAGAAAAACAAAACUGAGGGGAAAUCAAAACAGAUAGUUACAAUUUACAUGUACGUAACUGAACUGAUCUUUUUUUAAACUUUUUUUUUUUUUUUUUGUUUAGUUUUCGUAGUGGCUGACUACUUCUGGAUGUGAUGUUAUGCAGCAAUUGGCUAGCUUUAAAGCAAUACAGCGAUGGUAUCUGAACCAAUAAACUUUGUGACUCCACAUCGAUACAUAAAGAAACCUUCUUACUGCGAUGUAAUCAUUGAUGCAUGGCAAUGAAUAACAAAUAAGUUGGUCUAAAAUUAAUUUAAUCAUUGAUGAAUUAGUAUUAUUUUUUUCUAUUUCCCUUUCCUUUUUGUUACAGAAUUUAUUAUGCAUACAUUAUAAAAAUCACUGUUGUUAUUUAUUUCUUCUUAAAUCUGAAAAUGUUAUUUAUAUAAGUUAGAUAUGUAAUACUUUAAAACUGAAUGCAAAAAAGAUGGAAUUCACUUUUUUGAAAAUAACCAUUUUUUUCUUUUUUUAAAGGCAUUUUUUAUAUCAAUUAUAACCAAAAAAUGAAAUUUCAUUAUAUUUUUUUUUUAAAUUGAUUUAGUUUAUAAAUGCAUGAUAUAAUUGAAAUUAAAACAGUAUUAUUUUUUAUAUAAUCUAUCAAUGACUUUAUUAUGUAAUACAAGUAACAUUGUGAUAUAGGCUUUUUUUCUUCAUUUUUUUAUUGAUUGAAAUUUGAAGCAAUGAACUAUUUGGUGACAAUGAAAUUAUGUUGUUGAAAAAUUUUUAAGAUGCUAAUUUCAAGUUUUAAGUGCAUGCACAUUACUAUUUUUUCUUUAUUAACUGGCUAAGCGCUGAUAUCUUUGGCAUUAAAUUAUUUUAAUAUAAUUCUAUUGCUAACGUUAGGGUGUGCCGUUAAUUCUAAAAUUAAAUGUUGUUUGAAGAUUAAAUAAGAUCGGUACACACUUAUUUUUUUAGCAAAAUUAAGCUUGAAAUUACUAUCUUUUAUAAUUAUUUUGUUUACAUUAACAUGUAUAUAUUUAUUAUCUGCAAAGUGAUGCAUGACUGCCAACUGCUUUUAUGUUGGGGUAAUAUGCUGUAUAUAUAUAAACUCUGUUAUUAUUUCUCUUCAAAAUAAAAUUUUGUUUAUGAAAAGUUA